AUGCACGAACCAUCCGAUCUAGAAACCAGUGAGCCGUCGCCGGCCGAGGAGCUCAAGUUCGUCGCCGAGAGGAGCGCGGGCGACGACGCCGAAGGCUUUCCACAGCAUCUCGAGUGCGUAGCGGUGCUCACGAUGAAGUGCGGCGAGCCACUGAUGGCCGUGCGCAAGAAACUGCACGACGAGAUCGCGAUCGCGUUUAUUCCCGAUGAGGGGUUUGGCGUCUUCCAGAGCAAAGUCGAGCGGCACUUUAGUAAAUUAGGGCCAAAUUACGUCCAAGACCAGCGCGCGAUUUACCUCAAACCGAGCAGUAACGCCACGCAGUCCAAGUACGUGCAGCUGACAAAAGAGAACUUUGAUCCGUUGCUGCGCGUGCGCUGGAAAGUCGCCCGGAGCAUGAAAGUCGAGCUCAAGUACGAAGUCUUUUGCUAUUUUGUCGACUUGACGACCAAAAAGGAGAAGAAAAAGCUGUCCAUAAAGGUCUUCCAGCAGCAGCAGCAACAGCAGCAGCAGAACAGCAGCAGCAGCAGCAGCAACAGCAUUCGCAGCUAG